AUGACUCUCCGAUAUAAUAAUUUUGUAGUUGGGAUCUCAACAAACACAACCAGUGGCGUGCGUCUCUUCAUCCCUUGCAACCCAACAUUAUCAAACUCCUUGAACGUGUGUCCACCUCCUCCUUUGCUUAAGCAUUCCUUGAUCCAAAACAUUGCGAUGACCUCUUAUCUCAACCUAGAGGAUGACGAUUGGGUAUUGGCUGUCAAGCUCUAUGGCUCUAAGAUAAAGCUUUUUAGACGCUCAUGCAAACCUACGUGGAUUGAUGUGAACUACACGCCUCCGUCCAUAUACACAUCCUCGAGUCUCAUGUAUUCUAAGAAAGAUAAAAAGUUCUACGUUCUAACUCCUGGAGGAGAUUACUUGUACUCGUUGGAUCCCGAGUCCACGGAAGAUGACCAUCCAGGGUUCAUUGGUUUGUGGACUAAAGAUUUAAUCAAGCACAUGAAUAAGUACCAGUUGGAUUUAAAUUCGUUUACCAAGACAGUCCACUUCUUGGAGGCACCUUCAGGUGAACAAUUCCUCGUCAGAUG